AUGAGGCUGAUAGUAGCACGUCUGCUUCUGUUCUUAAUAACCUCUGUUCCUGCGGGUCAGACUGCGAAAUGCCCGCGCGUCUGCGUCUGCGACAACACAAAGCUCACUGUGACGUGUGUAGGGAAGAAUCUCACACAUAUUCCUCCUACUAUAAACGAGAUCACAGUGAAAUUGGACCUGAAGAGGAAUAAUCUUGGGGAACUGCCUAAAAAUGGGUUCAAACACACACCCUACCUGACCCACCUGAACCUGCAGGGAUGCAGUAUCCAGUCCGUCAGAGAGGGGGCGCUCCGGGGACUUUCACGUUUGGUGCAGCUUGACCUCACUAGCAACCAUAUUGACAUCCUCUACCAGGAAUCGUUUGACGGUUUAUCAUCACUGAAGCAGUUGUAUUUAGACCGGAACCGCAUUGAAGAGAUCCACCCUGGAGCGUUUGCUGCGUUAAACUCUGUAAACCUGCUCUCCCUCACUCAUAACCAGCUAGUCUACCUCCCCAACAUGGCAUUUCAGGGAAUGCUGAAUAUCCAGUGGUUGCGUUUGAGUCAUAACUCUCUAAAUAAUCUGGCGACGGAAGCCUUUGCUGGUCUUCUUGCACUCACACACUUAAACCUGGACCAUAAUGAACUCCAAUACUUUCCUACCAAAACUAUGACCAGAUUGGUGGAGUUGACUCACCUGGAUAUGAGUUUUAACCCCAUGACAUAUCUGGUGGAGGAGAGUGUGUCCAUGCCGAAACUCACACAUCUGUCUCUGCACCACAUGGCCCUGCAGGACCUGUCUGAAUCAGCUCUGUCUCUGUCCCCUCAUAUCUCUCACCUAGAUCUGAGCUACAACCAGCUCCCUUACAUACAGGCCCUCGAAAUGUCCUCGCAGCUCACCAGCCUUAACCUCACCGGGAACCCGAUCAGAUGUACAUGUUUACUGCAAGGGCUGAAGAUGUGGGCGCUGAGCUCAGGAAUCAAGCUCUAUGGGGCCUGUGCUUGGCCGCCACACCUCUCAGACGAACCUCUACAAAAUGUUCAAGAACAGGACCUCCGCUGCAGACCACAUGAUGAGCUGAGGCCGGAUGUGAUAGAAAAAGAAGGAAAAGAAGAAGAUGGAGUGCAAGAAAAGGCUGUGCCAACUGCCAAGCCAAAGAAAAAGAGCAAAUGCCCAAAGAAUUGCCAUUGUGAGGUUGCCGUUCAGCACGCUACAUGUGAGGACCGCGGCCACACUAAAGUGCCCACUGGUUUCCCGGGCAACACUCUUCUGCUUGACAUGCGUGGAAACCAUUUCCAUUAUCUCCCUAGCAACAGUUUCCCCGGCGUCCCAGAGGUGGUGUCUCUUCACCUGGACAGCUGUACGAUCCAUGAGAUCGAGGGUGGCGCCUUCCGGGGCAUGAAGGGGCUAAUGUAUCUCUACCUGUCUGACAACCAACUGUCCUCCUUGGACACAAAAACCUUUGAGGGUGCCCAUGAGAUCAUGUACCUUCACCUGGAAGGCAAUAAACUCACUCGGUUUCCUUCUUCAGAUACACUGGCUCACAUUCCCAAACUCCUCGAGCUGCAUCUGGAGAGAAACCUUCUAGCUAAACUAGAGCCUUCAGGGCUCCUUUCCCCGGUCCCUCAGCUGUCGGGCCUUUACCUCAAUAAUAACAUCAUCGCAUCCAUAGUGCCAAAAGCUCUGGAUCCGGUACCCAAGCUGGAUGUCCUUCAUCUUGAAGCUAAUGCGCUAACAGAAGUGCCGAGUGAUGCACUAGGCCACGCCCCUCUUUUGUCUGAGCUCCGCCUUUCAGGGAAUCCGAUUCGCUGGAUUGGGCCAAGAGCAUUUCGGGCGGUGGCUGAAAGUCUAAAGCACCUGCAUAUUGAUAGAAUGAGUCUUCAGAAGAUGAGCGCGAGGUCUCUGGCAGGGUUUGGUCCUGGUCUGUUGUCUUUGUCUCUGGAAGAGAAUCAGCUAGAGGAGUUGCCUGACCUUUCACCUCUUACUGGACUUCAAUACCUUACCCUUAACAAAAAUCCGUUAAUGUGUGACUGCAAAUUACUACCAUUUUACAGAUGGUUGAAAAAUUCGAGUCUGAGUGUUGAGGCUGUGUGCGGUUACCCCUCUGAGCUGCGAGGUCAGUCCGUGAUGGAGGCAGCCAUCUUUAAGAACUGUUCUGGAGAAAAUGCUCAUUCCUUCAACGAGACCUCCAUCUCUACCAAAGCCCCUACACCAAACAAACCCAUGCAGACCCCAAAGGCCCGACCUGCGCAAUCUGAACCUAAUCCUAAACCAGCGAAGCCCAAACUGACAGCGGCACCAAAGAAAAAUGAGUUUGAUGAACUCAAACCAGUGCGGGCCCUGAAAAAAAACAGGCCAAACAAGAAAAAAAGAGGAAGGCGACCAAGGAUUAAGUCAUCAAUAAAAAAAAGCCAUGGAGUUUUUGAUUUAAACUAAGUGGAUAAUGUGAUAUAUUUAUCAGGUGAACAAAUUUACUAUUUAGGUAAAGCUGAUAAAGACCAUAGUUGCUACUGUAUUCAGUCUUUACAUCCACUGUUCAUAAUUCUUGAAUGUGCAAUUUAUU